UCCAAGCCUGUUUCUAUUGAUACAACAUGGCACAAUGGGUCCGCCCUCUAUGGGCUGCUUCAGAUGAAUAUAAAUACAUCUCCUGUUCACCUUUAACUGUCCGCAGCUGCCCAACAGGCAGUUUGUGUGCCCAGCUAACACUUUGUAGAAACAGAGAGGAUGCAUUAGACUAUUAUUUUGCUGAUCUUUUCUAUAUAUUUUUGUGCUUUUUUUAAGUUCAAGUGGAUUUUUCAGUCUUUCAAAGGCCCUUUGGGUUACGGUGGCAUUGCUGUGCUCAAGGUUGUCCUGUGCACAAUGGGGGUCAAAGCAGCUCUUCCGAGGUACGAGCUCUACUUGUAUAAUGUAGUGCUGUGUAUGGCAAUGCUCUGGGCUGCCAGAUGGAUAUUUGACGUGUCCAGCUCAAAUUCCAACAAAAAAACCUUCAAGACCAGUGUUCAGCCAGGAUGGUACUACUCUGGCAGAAAAAUGGAUACAGCUGACGUCGAGUGGAUGAUGUGGUUUUCCACGUUCCGAGAGCAUAUCAUCUUUGCGCUCUCAGGUCAUGUGAUCUUUGCCAAGAUCUGCUCCUUGCUGGCUCCACAGUACAGAUCUCUGGUGUACAUGGUGUACGGUAUGCUGGCGGUUUUCAGCAGUAUGGGCUGGGCCUACGUCAUGCUCAUCCUCUCUCACUGCGUGCUGCUCUAUAGCAUCUCUCUGGUCAAGCUCAGGUGGCUCUGCUUCGUUGCUGGACUCACUACACUGGCCACUUUCAAAAUGGAGCCCUUCAUUUCCUGGCAGGCAGGGUUUGCGACUGGCAAUUUUGAGCUCCGUCCUCUUCUGUUCUACGGCGGCUGUGGUUUCACCAUCAUGCGCUGUAUGAGUUUUGCUCUUGAGAACUGUGAGAGAAAAGAUGGAAACUACAGCAUCCUGGAGCUUCUCAAGUACAACUUUUACCUCCCCUUCUUUUACUUCGGACCCAUCAUGACAUUCGACAAGUUCUACAUUCAGGCCAAUAACCCUAACCUGACGAGGAAAGACGGGGAGAUGUGGAACAUUUCCAUCCAAGCCCUGGUAAACCUGGUGGUUAUUAUGAUAGUGGCAGUCCUCUUUCACUUCAUGUACAUUCUGACCAUUCCUACUGACAUGAAGCUCCUCAAACACAUCUCUGACUGGGCCCUCGUUGGAUUGGCCUACUUAAAUCUGGUGUAUGAUUGGGUGAAAGCAGCAGUGAUGUUUGGAGUGAUAAACACAGUUUCAAGACUGGAUCAUCUGGACCCUCCCAAACCACCGAAAUGCAUUACAAUGCUUUAUGUUUUCUCUGAGGCACACUUUGAUCGAGGAAUAAAUGACUUUCUAUGCAAGUAUGUUUAUAACUAUCUCGGCGGGAAACAUGAGAACGUUUUGGAUGAGCUGAUAGCCUCUCUGUGCACGUAUGGCAUCAUGUCCCUCUGGCUGGGACCAAGCUGGGUGGUUUUCAUCUGGGCUUUCUUAAACUGCUUUGGCCUUAAUUUUGAACUGUGGACCGCAAAAUUAUUCUCCAUGGAACCUUUUAUUUCUAUUGAGAUGGCGAUAUCAGAUUCUAUGUCACGCAGGAUCAGGGCUGUGUUCAAUACUUUCAACUUCUGGACAAUUGUCCUUUACAAUAUCCUGGUCCUGAACAGUCUUGAAUUUGCCAAACUGGUUGCAAAGAGGUUGUUGCUUAAAGGUUUCCCCUUCACCACCAUCACUGCGAUGUUCGUUACCUACUGCUUGAUUCAGCUGAUUAAGGAAAAGGAAAGAAGACAGGCUUUGAUUGACGAUCCAGACCCAAUCCCCCCUCCAGCCCCUGUUCCUGCACCCACAGCUGCACCCACUACCACAGAUCCCAGCACCACCCAGAUGGACGCUGCUGCCGCCCAGCCUGUGGACCCAAACAAGCAAAAGGCAGAGUAGAGAUUACACACGAUGGUUACAUUUUUAUAAAACCUGAAUGGUUUACUUAGACAUUUUGUGUCAAUCAUAGUCGAGAAAUAAUGUUUUAAUAACGGUACUGUAAGGAAAGAUGCUGCAAUCGAAACAGAUUUACAGAUUUUCUCAACAUUAUACUCUCAUUGGCUGCUUUUUAAAUUAGUGACAGUUUUGCAUAUGUAAUAGGAGUUUCAAAUAUGUGCUUUGUAGUUAAAAACAUAGAGGAUGGAUUUUAUUACUACAAAUUUUAUAACAAAGUUUUAAUUCAAAUGAAAUACAAAUGCUCAGUGUUCAUACCAGAAGUAAUUACUGCCUGAGGUUGAAAAUAUGUGCUUAAAUGAAAGUAAUGGAGUGAAGAUCACAAAGAUUAUUUUAUGAAUUUGUGAUAUGCAUUAAAAUAAUCUUCAUUUA